CGCGAGUCAACUCGUCCCGGACUCGGAUGAAGCUUCAUGAUGGGUUAAUUGGUUAUAAGAUUUUGGAAACCUAACCCCAACGACGUAGUAUCGCUAGUCGUCGCGCUAACCCUCGGACAGUUGCAAGAAUCAUGCGCUAGAUCCUCUCUGGAUCUAGAAGUUCAUCCAUCUGUGCUCUCCACAGUCCACACCUUCUACAAUUUAUUUGGUCAGCCUCCAUUGCUUUCUCAGAAGGGCUCAAAAUCCUAGGCUCUUCUUAUCAGCUACUCGACUAUACCCACGUGGCAAAGAUCCACUCUUUUGGGAGGUCUCCCCUCCAUCUGACGGUCAUCUCUUUGCAUCAUUUUCAUCAAUUGGUAGAGACAUCGGAGACGUGGCUAACACAGACCCCAAAUCCAGACAUUAAACUCACUCCCUCCCUCCCUCCCUCCCUCCUGUCUAGUGUAGUCUCUCGGCAAUCCUGAGCAACAGCAGUCUGUUCUUUCUGGGGAGAGAGGAAUAAGAAGAACCAGAAGAGAGAAGAUGGCUUUAGCAGUAAAGGCAUUACCUUUCACGUUUGUGGCGCACGCGAUUGCGGUCGUGGCUGCAGUCAUGGUUUUGGUUUGGUGCAUCCACUUCAGAGGCGGCUUAGCUUGGGAGGACACCAACAAAAACCUUAUCUUCAAUCUUCACCCCGUGCUGAUGCUGAUCGGCCUUAUCAUCAUAGGAGGCGAAGCUAUAAUAAGCUACAAAUCUCUCCCUCUGAAGAAACAAGAGAAGAAACUCAUCCACCUGGUCCUCCAUGCCGUUGCACUCAUCCUCGGAAUCAUUGGCAUCUACACGGCAUUCAAAUUCCACAACGAAAGCGGCAUCGCCAAUCUCUACAGUUUGCACUCCUGGCUUGGCAUCCUCGUCAUUUCCCUUUACGGCAUCCAGUGGGUAUAUGGAUUCCUCAUCUUCUUCUACCCCGGAGGUUCGAGCGCCCUUAGGAGCGCGUCCCUUCCCUGGCAUGUGCUGGUCGGGCUGUUUGCAUUUGUAUUGGCAGUCGGCACUGCAGCAAUCGGGUUCCUUGAGAAGCUGACUUUCCUUCAGAACUCCGGACUGGCUAAGUACGGAUCCGAGGCUUUGCUUGUGAACUUCACUGCUGUGGUCACCAUUCUGUAUGGUGCCUUCGUCAUGCUGUCUGUACUCGGUCAGAAGCAGGCUGAAGAUGACUACUAUACAGCCAUAUAAGUAAAGCCUAGAGAAUCUGGUUUGUGUAUUGGAGGAGGGAAAAGAACGAGGUUUGAUCUGGUAAUAUUGCGUAGUACCCGUUCCACGGUGUAAUGUACAAUCGGCACGAUGGAUCCUGUAAUGUAGAGCUUAUUUCUAUGUGUGUGUAUAUUUGGCCAUGGUGAUUCUCUUAUGUUACAAGUUACAACAGA